CUUUUCUCUUGGACGCAAUGAAACCCUUCCUCUUCCACCACCAAAAUCCCUUCUCCUCCUGAAAGCCUUUUGGACAAUGGCGAUUUCAGCAUGGCUUUUGUAAUCCAGAUUCCAGAUUGCCAUGCAUUUCUAGCAUCUUGAGCUUUGAAUCUCAACCUCUCAAUCAAUCUCAGCUGUCAUUACACCUAAUAAGAGCGAAAACCCCCCAAAUUUCCUUGUCUGCUCCGCUUCCCGUUGGCCCUUCAACUGCCCAAGAACCAGAGACAAAAACAGACCAGACCUAUAAAACACGUUCGCUCCACCAAAUCUGUUCACUUUGUGCUCCUCUUUCGCUGCCCUCCAGUGGCAUGAGCGGACUAUAGCCUUUUAUAGAUGUUAAUGUGUUUGACCAAGUAUUAGGUGUAUCAGGGGAACCAUCUGAGUUAUGGAGACUACUUCUGUUAUUCAAAAUCCCCAAAUGAAGCAGAAACUGAGUGAAGAAGAGGACAUUGAUGGGAACAGCAAAAGCUUAGGUAACUUACCUGAGGAGCUUCUUCGACACAUCAUUUCCUUUCUUCCAACAACAGAUGCUGUUAGGACAAGCCUACUUUGUAAAAGGUGGGAAUACCUAUGGGCUUCUAUUCCCAAUCUAGAUUUUCACCUGUUACAACACUCGCCUGCUGAGGAAAAGCGUAGGGGAAUGCUCUUUAUGAAUUUUGUGGACAGAGUGCUUUGUCUUCGUGAUUUCUCUGAUAUAAAACGAUUCACUCUUUGUUGUAAUGUGCAACUUGAUGCAUCUCGUGUUAAUACGUGGUUCUCUGCUGCAUUAAGGCAUAAUGUUCAGGAGUUGUAUGUUGAGCUUGCCAACUUCAAGGGAGAAUUUUCACUGCCUUACCGCUUGUUUACUUGUAAUACACUGACAAGCUUGCACCUUACUAUGCGUCAUAUUAAGCUCAAGCUUCCUACUACAAUUUGUUUCUCAAAUCUAAAGAUCUUGACUAUCGAAAAUGUUAUAUUUCCGCAUGAGUACUUGACCCAGCAGCUUUUUUCUGGUCUGCCAGUCCUUGAGGAGCUGAAAUUAAAAGAUUGCAGCUGGGGGGGUCGCGUGUUUUUGAGUAUUUCUCUUCCUAAGCUUCGUUCACUGAGCAUAUUUGAAGUGCUGAUGCCAGAUGUUGAUUAUUGGAAUUAUUUUGAUGAUGUUGGUGAGGUUAUGAUUUUGGGAGAUAGUCUUAAAGAAUUUUAUUACAGGGGUAAUCUGUAUUGCGACUAUUGCUUAGACAAGUCAUUCUCACUGGAAAAGGCAGAGAUUAAUGCUUAUGCUGUAGAAGAGACAUUAGAUCAAGAUGCUUAUUUCGCCUAUAGGCUUCUUAUAGGGCUCUCCAGUGUAAAAUUCCUAAAACUUAAUGGUGCAGUGCUUGAGAAUAUAAAAUAUGCAGCAGAAGUCCCAGCUCAUAUGCCUAUGUUCAAUAACCUAAUGGAUUUGUUAUUGGUCGAUUCGUCAGUAGAUCUCGACUGGGAAACACUGCUGAAUAUAUUGCAAGUAUCUCCUUGUCUUGAAAAUCUGGAAUUUUUGGGGGGUAUCAGUCUCUCCGCAAAUUAUGAAGAAGAUGAUUGGAUAUUAGACCCAGUGCCUUUAUGUUUCUUGUCACACCUCAAGUGCAUUAAAGUUGGUAGGUAUCAUGGAUCUAAGAAGGAGCUUUUUGCAUUAAAGAUUUUGCUCAAGAAUUCUCUUGUUUUGGAAGAAAUAGUUAUAACUUGCAGAGAUUAUUUUGGAUGGUACAUAGAGGAGCAAGAUCAUUUUGAAUGGAAUCAGGAGAAGCAAGAGAACCUCUACAAACACUUGAUAGAGCUCCCUAGAGGGUCACAAAAUUGUAAAAUCGUUUUGAAAUGAGCUUUUCUUGAGCUCUUACUCUCUUUUUUUUUUCUUUUUUUUUUUUAAAAAAAGCCUUUAAUUCCUCUUUCUUGCAAGAUGAGAAGCAUGGCUUGUUGGCUUUCUACCCUAAUUAACUUGCUAUUACAGAAUGAUGGUUUAUGUUAUUUGUGAUAUUUAGUUUUGAAUCCUCCAAGCUUAGAAGCUUAUGAUAAAUUUGUGUUUAGUUUU